AAAAAUAAAGUGCAUUCUAAAGCAGUAAAAGAAAAAUGUUGGCGGUUAAAAUUGUAAUACUUUUUGCCAUGAUGGCCUGUGUCUUGACGGAGACUAUUAAUUUUAAGCCCUGCGAGAUUAACGAUUGUGAUAUUUCCGAAGUACGUGUGGAACCCUGUACCAGAGACAAUGAAAAUGCAGUCUGCAAGUUGAGACGUCGCAAACCCUCCAGAAUGGAGUUCUCUUUCACACCCAACUUUGAUGCCGACACCCUUGAGGCCAGCUUGGUUACGGUAAAGGAUGGUGGCAACGAGUUGCCUUUGAUAACCAUGGACAGAGAUGCUUGCAAAUACACCAAAUGCCCCUUGAAGAGUGGCGAGAGUCAAAACUAUGCCGUAGAUAUACCCAUUGAAAAGAAAUUCCCCUUGGACACCUAUAAAAUUAAGUGGACCUUCAAGGCUUCCAGUGGCAAACAAUGCUGUUUUUUGCAUGAAAUUAAAUUAGUUCGUUAAGUAUCUCUUAAACAUGUAGAAACGUUUAAUAUUAUUUUUAUUUUGCUUUAAUUGAUGUAAUUUAUAAACUCUUGUUUGUUUGUUUAGAAGUGGAAAUAAAAAUAAUCAAAAAUAAAUAAGAUUUUUGUAAAAUAAAAAAUAAAAAGAAAUUGCAAUAAAAUGUUGGUUUUAAAAUGUUAA